CUCGAAACUGUAAAAACAAUAAAAUGUUUUGCGAAAAAAACCGCAAUAAAACUUGAGAAAAAUAGCAAUAGACUAAAUGUAAGAUAUAGACCGUCACUGUUUCUGUUCCAAAAUGGCAAGCGACUACACUUCCAAUCAAUUUGUGUCCACCAACACAUGUGCAGCCAGUGCGGCGAGCUCCUCCCGUUGGCUCACCGAGGAAGUAUUCAAGCUGAUCGAUAUUGUGCAACGUGAUGAAGCUAUCUACAAUCCACGACACAAAUACUACUUUUGCCGACCAUACGUGGAGAACUUUUGGCGUGAGGUGGACUUGAAGCUGGAGAAGAACCCCGGUGCCAGUUUGGCCAAAUGGACUAAUUUACGCAUUUCAUUUCGACGGGAAUACACCAACUAUUUGGAAGAGAAAGUUCCGCCCUGCUGGUCAUACUUUGAUCGGAUGUUCUUCCUUCAUCCAUAUCUGCGUAAAAAGCAUCAGCAGCCCAAAUCGCUGGACACACAGGUGCAAGAUGCACUGGCGCAUCUAAGCAGUCUUUCCAGUCGCAUGCAGCGGGAACGCACAGUUAACAAUUGUCCAGCGGGUAGCAGCACCAACGGGAAUAACAAUCCAGGGCAAGUGAAUACCAGCAGUGCAGUGCAAUCGCCACAGCAGCAACAGCUGGACAACUACUUGGACUACUUCGAUGAACACGAUCACAACAAUUCGGAACUGGAUGAGAUCAUCGAUGAGGAGCAUCGUGCUCGUUUCCAAAAUGACAUCAAAUCGGAGUGUGAGGAGCCCGUUGAUGAUUACGAGCCUGAAACCGAAGCAGAACCCGAGCAGCGUGUGAAUCAACAUCACCAACACCACGAUGAGGAUGAACAUGAUGAGCAUGAAAUGCGUGCGUUAACUUACGACACGGCGGCACCCAGUUCCACAUCCAACUCCGCAUCGCUACUGCCGGCAGAUAAACGCUAUGCACAGCACUAUCAACAGCAUGCAAACAGUGCCAGCAGCAGCCGACUGCAGCACGUGAAUCGUUUGCAGUUGCGCUCGUAUCAAGACGAGGUGCGUGCUCAGCGCUCACGCUCACAGGAGUUGCAAGGUGCCGCUGCUGCUGCCGCUGCAACGGCGGCUGCUGUUAGCGCUGCCAAUAUGCAAACGCACCCAAACAUUUCAUUUGUGCGUCCCACUUUCACCAGCAAGCCCGUCGAUAUGGUGAGCACUACAACACACGCUAGUGCUUCUGUUGCCGGCAUCGGUGUGGCGUCCACAUCCGAUGCGGAAUUGCCAGCACCAUCUACUGGUGCAGCAUCUGCACCCACGACCAGCAGCGCCUAUCUGAGCCAACGUCAUAUCCAUAUGCCACACUCACACUCGCAUGCGCAUCAUCAAACGACGGCCACACAGCGAUUAGAGGUGAACAACUCAUCCGGAACUGUGGCGACAGCGGGUGCAGUGGAACUGUGCGACUGCAAGACAGAUUCGGAUGCCAUGUUUCUCAUGAGCCUCUUGCCCGACAUACAGAAGCUGAACGGACGCGAUCGAGGCAAAAUUAAGAUAGCUUUCCAAAACAUAUUGCAGGACUACUUGUAUCCGGACUAAAUUGCGACUUUAAGUCAUAUCUGCUGCUAGCGAAGAUCUCUCGGCUCGGUGUAUACAAUUUUGCUUAUAGCAUGCACAAAUCUACUUUCAAUUUAUUGUUAAGUUAAUCAAUCGGCACAGCCAGAAAUUUCAAACUUGCAUUCGAAUUAUUCCUUAAAGCUUUGCUGAGCAAAAAAAAAAAAAACCAACAACAAAGUUUCCUUAAUUUGCUGUAUCCUUUUUGAACAAUAUGUGUUAUAAAUUAUAUUAUUUUUAAAUGUAUAAAUAUUAAAAAAUAUGUUAUGUUUAACACAAGAAAUUCAUUGAAAAUUAAAGGCGACAUGUUUAUUAUU